AUGCCGAAGCCAAGCAGGACGAAGAAGAGAAAGCACUCGCAGUCCGACACCGGCUGCAGAAAGAACCGUCCUGAGAGCCGUCCUGACACCCAAGCGAAACCAGAAUGGACGCCUACUCAUCAUCAUCGAGAAGACCAGAAGCUCGCCAGUAUCCACCUCCCCAGUUCCGCCGUCAAUAUCGCCUUGAGUCCGGACGAUAAGUUCGCUGCGGUGAUCAUCGGUGAAAGGCAAAACGCACAAGCAAAGCUCCAGAUCUACUGUGUGGAAAGCUUCCUACUUGUCGAAACAGUUCAGGUCGGGUCGGGCCAUUUCUUUGGACUUUCCUUUGCGCCCAGCUCGCCACACCAGAACGGAUACAUGGUUGCUGUGUCAAAGACAUGCGGGGGUGCUAUGCUCUGGUACUUUGACGACUGUGGGAGACUGCGAGAUCCAGCAGAUGUCAGCCAAGAUGUUGAUAGGACUGGGUUAUACGAACGACUGGGUCAGGAUAUCAUCUCAGUUCUGAUAGAUUAUUACAAUAAGGAGGCGAACGAAACGCGGGGGCCCCUAGAGGGAAUCACAAACACGCUGCGUGAAGCCUUCGAGCUGGGUCAGAGGGAACACAAGAUACCGUAUCGACUAGGCGGCGACAAGGUGAUAUUCAGUCCCGACGGCACCUUCUUGAUCACAGCUAUAAUGUACGACCCUGUCUCGACUUCGAACGGCGCGCCUCUAGUGCUAUGGGACCUUCGGACACGGGUGAUUCGACACAUUAUCCCCUGCGUUUCGAGCAAGAUCUGGUGGGUUUCCAUAAGCCCCGAUUCACGGCUGAUAGCGUUUGGGGAAAGCGACACUUCCGUUCAGAUCUGGGAUUCGCAAACAGGUAGCUUCAUUCCUCCACUGAAAGUACGCGGAGCGUUCAUCAGGCACGGAGUGUUCUCGCCUGAUUCGGCGCAUAUUGCGCUGCUCAACCGCCCCGGCGAUUCCGACGCAUCGGUCUUUGUCCACGGCCUUGCGGGUGGAAAACGCGACGCUUCACUGCAGCAGGUCGCAAAUUGCUCCGAGCCUAUUUCUUGGAAUCACGACGGUACUUUGCUGGCGGUGCUCCGUGCAGAGAAUGAGAUAUCGCUGUGGGAUCCCUUCACAAGCCAGCGGCCAACGAGGAUGGAGUGGUCUCUGCCUUCUUAUACCCACGCAUAUCCCAAUUCCAUUCAGUUCACCGACCAGGGGAGGAAGUUGAUGUUGGUCUCAGCUUCCGGGGCGACUGAUGUUUAUGACAUGUUGUCUCUUACGCUGCACCGAUUCCCUGGUGAGACGGGCACCGUUCGCAAUGCGCUUUGCGCCAGGGAUGGUUCUUUUUUGGCUGUGAGGGAAGGGAAGGUAUUGACGUUUGGGGGCUCCAAGUGA